GUCUUAUCGUAAAGAAUGAUGGGACUGAAGCAAGAUGGCAGCUCGUGGUAGAAUUUUGGGCAUGGCAUAGCAUGACAGUUUAGAACGGUUUUAUCUCUCUGAUUCCGUGCUAGGAAGUAGAAAAUGUUAACUAUGAAUGCUUCACGGCCUUCUGGCUUGCUUCUGAAGUCAGGUUUACGCUUAGCAGUUUGUCCCAGGCCUGUGAGCACGAGCGUCGUGCUGUGGAAAGGCGAGGAGCGGGUAGUCCGCAAGGACAUCCGAGACCACCCCUCCAACCACCCGUACAGAUCCGACUGGCAGUCCGGACAGUAUUACGACCCCAGGAAGUUCAAGAGCGAAUUCCUCAAGCCGAAGAGGACCAAGUAUGACUAUGAAGAUAUCGAGUGCCGUUUCGGAACCUGGUUUGACCCAGAGAACAUUGGCUGGUCCACUUGGCAAUUCAAACGGCCAUUUGAUUGGAACAACAAUCCACUGAGAGACAAACAGAAAGAACCUGGACCUGAGGACAAGAACUGGCACGACAAACCUGCCCACGUUUUCCAUCCUUUCACAAAGGUGCUGGAGGGUGAGAAACAGGGUCUGUUGCUGACCAAGUCCAAGUGGAUGCAGAAGGAAGGCAACAAUGGAACCCUUCCUCAGCACAUCAUGGUCCUCGGUAACAACAUCACCGUUCCUGAUUACGAGCAGCGCGUACGGGAAGCCAUCUUGUACGCACACGAACACGACACCCAGGACGCCAUGGUAAGCAGGAACCAGUCUGCACAGUACAUUAUGUCCCAGCUCCUGUACAUGUGCUCCACUCUUACAGGACAAUACCCACAGCUGCUCGACAGGCGUGUCGUAGACGGGAUGGAUGUCACCGCCAACUGGCAUCGCGGGGAGGAUCUGGUCCAGACCAAAGGAAAGAUCGGGACAAUGAUGCUGUCCAAGUCACCACUGCCUCCGUUUGCUAAUCCUGACGACAUUGCAGAAACCGCUGAACACGAGUUAGAGUCCAUCUUCCCUGUGGCUCCCAUCAUCGAUCUGCAAGUCGCCAACAUAUACACCCCAGAGGAUCACAUGGGUUUCUUGGAUGGGUACUCCUUCCCACACAUGCACACCUUGUUUCUGCUGAACAUCGACAGAGCGGCGCGACGGAGGCACAUGACUGUCAAAAUGAUGAUGUUUGCUCAUGCUAAUUGUUUGGCUCGUGCAAGAAAGCUGUACGGAGAUGCCGAGAUGGACCUACCAGAACCAAUCACAGCACAGGGCGUCGCCAUGGAGGAUGGAGUCUUCCACUUUCUAGUGUACCAACUGAACACGACAAAGUUACGAGAAGAUGGUGGGGUGAAGAACAUGGUAUGGAUCGACUGCGACAACCGUCUGUACAACUACAUGUACCUCAUGGAUCAUGCUGCAAACUUGUGGCCGGUAAAGAAACGUAAGCGCUGGGUGAAGAUCAACAAGAAAAGACUGGAGGUUGGACUGCUUGAGUACAAUCCCGAUGUCUUUAAGAAGUUUGUAGGCAUGUACAUGAAUGGGGUGACUUCUGCUCAUCAGGCACAGAGUGGGCAACAUGGAAGUACAUGAUCAUGUGAAGGAGAAAAUUGCACCACUUUUUUUUUUUUAAGACCCCAUGUUACAUACAGUGAAUUACUUGGUAACUGUGACAUGAUCUUUAUUGGUGUUUGAAAUGUAAUGGAUUAUGGAUCAUAAAGUGUGCCUGACUUUGGCAGGCAGUAACAAAAGAUGAUACUGAGAUAACGAUGUGUUUCCAUUUUUGGAAAGUAAUAAAUUCAAAUUCCAGCAUA